UCGACAUAUGAAUUUAGUGCAACGGUUACAACGAUCACAUGCAUUUAAUAGUAAUUUAGGGUCUUUAAUUUCGGUCCAAAUCCAAUAAUCAGCUAUCUUUUUUAACAUGUUAUCAAUUUUUAAAAAUACUUUAAACAAUUUUAUUCCUAAAAAAUUGGUUUCAUCUAAUUUAUAUUCGUUAUAUUUAUAUCGUAAUUUGUCGAAUUCUUUUCAAAAACGUUUAUUAACAUCAUCAUCCUCAUCGAAUAAUGAUAAAAAUAAUGAUGAAAAUAAAAUAGAGGAUAAAAUAGAGGAAAAGAAAGAAAUCGACGAAAUUGACAAGAAUGAAUUUAAUCAAGAGAAUAAUGAUGGAUCAAAAUAUCAACCAAGUAUUGAUGAUAUAUUAGGUCUUUUUAGUUCAAACCAACCAACAACAACAACAACAUCAUCAUCCAUUUUUAAACAAGAACAAGAAUCUUCAUCAUCAAAAGAUAAAGAAGAGAUGGAUAAUUUUUUAUUUAAUUUUUCAUCAAAUGAACCCAAAAAAUCUUUAUCACAAACUAUUUCAUCAACAACAUCAUCAUCAUCUUCAACAUCAUCUUCAAAUAAUGAGAUAGCAAAACUUUUAUCAGAUUUUUUAGUUCCAACGGAAGAAAAUUAUAUUCUUCAUAUUCAUGCAUCAUAUAAUAAUACUAUAGUAACAUUAACAAAUUCUCAUGGUAAUAUUUUAAUAACUAAAUCAGGAGGUAGUGUUGGAUUUAAAAAAUCUCAAAGAGGUGGUUAUGAAGCUGCUCAUCAAGCUGCUAUUGGUGUUAUACAAAAAAUUAAAGAAAAAAAUUUAAAUGUUAAAAAUGUUGAAAUUUGUAUAAAUGGAUUUGGUCCUGGUAGAGAUGCUGCUUUUAAGGCUAUAGCUAAUGUAGAGAAUCAAUGGAAUGUUAGACGAAUUACUGAUACUACUCCUUUACCUUUUAAUGGAUGUAGACCAAGAAAACUUAGAAGAUUAUAAUAUAAACAAAAUGAGUGUGAAUUGGUGUAAAUUGGUAUGAAUUAAAUAAAAUAAAUUAUCUUAAUUUCUUUAUUUUUUUAAAAAAAUAAAUUAAAUAAGUGGAG